AAUAAGGAAGACGUAUUGAACGCAUGGGCUGCGUCGGGCGAGUGCACCAUUAAAAUUAGCUUUACUGCUACAGGCUUCUUGAGUGGUCCACAGCUGUCUCCCGCUUCACUUCAUCACUCUUGUCAUCUCCAUUCACAGAAGCAGCUUCCCUCCCCUCUCCAUGUCGGAAAUAGUCGCAACAAAAACAAGUCAUCAGAAACGACUCAAGUACGGCAUCAUAGCCGUUAUCGGCGUUCUUGGAUCUGCUCGGCUGUUUUACUAUUUCGGUUGGUCAAGUAGUUAUAGUGCUGAGACCGCUCAGUCACCACUUAACACCAUCACCCGAGAUUAUCCGCUCGAUCCUGCAGAAACGGACCGUGCCUGCAUGUUGCUGGACCGACCCUUCAAUUCAGCUACACAACCGGAUUUUACAAAGAGCCCUAUCAGACAAUGGACAGAGUGUCGAUCACUCAAGACCAUCCCAGGAUGGAGUGUACAACAUUGCACUGUCCCUGGGAGCACUACUAUAAUCCAGGAAGAGGACGAGGCCAGGGAGGAUGAGAAGGAGCAACCUACAUCCGCUCAGUGUUACCCUGGAGGAUACUUUCGAAUUCAACGAUUACAGGCGAGAAUCGGGGACACUUUACUUGAGACCGAGGCGUGCCAACCUAAGCCCAACACAGUUUUAGCAAAGGACCCCACCACAAAUUUAUAUACAUCCAGAUAUUUGGGCCCAGAUACCUUCCGUAUCGUCCUUAUUGGACCUGAGCGGAUCUCGCUGUUGCAACAGCAGCCUCUAGGAGGUUGCACAUAUGCAAUUCCAUAUCUUAUUAGUCGACCUGGACGAUUCUGGGUCCAAAAGAUUUUGCAUACCUACCAAGGAUAUGACGCAUUGAACGAGAACAUGUCGAGCCAAUGGACACCAGAAUACUUGAAUACGGACUUGAUUGCAGAAGAAACUCGACAGAGUCAGCGAUUCUAUCAAUUUAAUGUUUGUUCACAUUGCGUUGCUUGGGUGGCCAUUGAUGAAGCAGAAGGUUUGGGAGGGACACAGGAUAUUUGCUCAAAUACCCCAAGCACACAAUCACGACAGUACGGAAUCUACAGUGCCAGAUUGCCAAUUGAAUCGCUAUGGCAGGCUGUGAGUCACCCAUAUGAAUGGAUCCCUGCCCGACCACGAUGCCGAUUCUAUCCUGCUCAGACAGCAUUUGAGCCUGUGGACGAGUCAGACAGCGAAGAAGUCAAGGCAGAGAAGGAAGAAGCAGCUAAAUGUUUGCAAUUGAAACGAUCCAUCUAUUUCGUUGGUGAUUCUCAUGUCAGGGUCUUAUUCAGUGGACUAAUGCAGAGGCUCCAAGGACGAUCUGGCAAGCUGGAUGCUCCUAUCCAAGACCGCAAGAGCCACGUGUUGAAAAUCGGCAACAUUGUCGCAAGGAGUGACUUUGAUCCUUCGCUUAAUGAAACCUUGGCUCGGAUCCGAUAUAGUGCUAAUGGACAAGAGGAUGACAAGGUGAAUGUGCCUGACCUAGCUGUACUGAAUGAAAUGGACACAGUCGUUGUUGGAUUUGGUUCAUUUGCUGGGCAUUGGACUACAGCGCAGUUUAUAGAACGAAUCAAGGCCAUUUUGGAUGGCCUGGUCGAACUCCGAAAAAUGAGACAAGCAGUUAAAGCUGGUGCCCCACAGGACAAGAUGAGCAGUCUUAAGGUCAUCUGGAUGGGUCUGCCUGCUUGGACAGAUAACACAGCAGCCGACCAAAGAGACAUUGCGGGCUGGAAGACCAAUCAUCGAAUUUUGUAUUGGAACAAGCUUGUGGAUGGCAUGAUUGACAAUAUCAAUGCUCAAGUGGGAGGACACGGCAUGAUCGAUCGUUUAUCAACAUUUGAAAUCACAGUACCCUUUAAGAACAUCACGCAAGAUCAUCUACAUUUUACUACAGAAACCCCCGUCGAUAGUUUGUCCGCCGAGCUUAUCCACAAGCUUGUUUUGUGUUCAUAAGAGAGAGAAGACAUGACAUGACAUGACAUGACAAGGGCAAUGCGUUGAACUGAAUUCUACUUUCAUCUCGGGCUGUUUGCUUCUUCUGUAAAUUAACAAUAAAUUUAUACAAGCCAAAUGAGAA